AUGGCCGAAGUUGAUUUCGGGGAUAGUGAGCUCUUUCAGCAGCUCGAUGAGUCCGCACUGCCCGUGCCGACACACAUUCGCUUCACAGAUGAAGAGGAAGACCAGGAGGAGACGAGCCAGCUCCGGGGCAGGCUGGAGGAGUGUGAUGACUACAUUCAGAGACUCACUGAGGAAAAUAAAGGUUUAAGAAGGAAACUGAAUAUCCUGACACGGCCAAGCGGCAUCACAAUUGAAGAUGUCAACAUCGAUGGACCACUUCUUCAAAUCCUGUAUGCAAACAACAAUAUUUCAAAGCAGUGUCGUCAAGAAAUUGAAGAUUGCAUCUGCAGUGUGAUUUUGAAGCACCAGAAACUGGGCCAUGGAAAGAAAAAGUCUUCUUUUCACCAUAAACCUCAGAAUUCAGCUUUUGCUAUGGAUGAAGAUCUGCUGAAGUCGUCUUCCACUAGUGUAAGAACAACAACAGAAGCCUUUAAAGUGGUUGGAAGUGUCUUAUAUUUCACUACUUUCAGUGUUGAUAAACUUGGACAGCCUCUGGUCAAUGAAAGCCCCCAGCUGACAGAUGGAUGGGACAUUCCAACCUAUCACCAGGUGUUCAACCAAGUUGUCGGAACAGAUGGUCAGGAAAUCGAAAUGAAAGACAAAAGACCCAAAUCCAUGUGUUUCAACUGUGGUUCCAGCAGUCAUCAGCUGAGAGAUUGUCCCAAUCCUAAAGACAUGGCUGCAAUUAAUGAAAGAAGAAAGGAGUUCAACCAAAACAACAACCAGGCGAUGCAGAGUAAUCAACGAUACCAUGCUGAUGAAGUGGAGGAGCGGUUUGCGAAAUACAAGCCGGGAGUCAUGAGUGAGGAGCUGUUGACAGCACUGGGCAUUGAUGGCAACACCCUCCCUCCUCUGAUUUAUCGCAUGAGGCAGCUAGGCUACCCACCAGGUUGGCUCAAAGAGGCAGAGAUGGAAAACUCUGGCUUAAUGCUGUAUGAUGGAAAUACUUCAAAUAAUGGCAAUAUAACAGACAAUAGCAACUCGCAAAACAUCUCUUAUGAUGUUUCCAAACUGGUAGAUUUCCCAGGCUUCAAUGUACCUGCACCGGACAAAAUGAAAGAUGAGUUCAUUCAGUAUGGUUCGACUCCAAUGCAGAACAACCACAUGAAGCAAAACUAUGCUGCCUACCUGUCUAACAAUUUUCCCAUGCCUGGUGCUACCUGCAACAAGAGACGUCAUGAAUCUGACUCAUCACCACAGAUAAGGAAGAAGAAUAGGUCCAGUCCUGAUCGGACCUCAGACAGGAGCUCGGAUAUGGAUAUUGAAUCAGACCCAGGAACACCUUAUCAGUCUCAUGGCCCAGGUGACUUCCAGUUCCAACCACCGCUGCCCCCUGGCUCUCCUUGCUUCAGUUCACCUCCUCCUUUACCCCAGGGCACUCCUCCUGCGACACCCACUCCUCCACCUCUCCCUAAAGGUACACCUCCUCCCACACCCACCAACGGCUCUCCAGCUCUGCGAGGGCGGAAUUGGGGAGUAGUUGAUGAGACUGUGGAGGGAACAGAGGAUGACCUGACUCUGGAGGAACUGGAAGAGCAACAGAGGCUGAUUUGGGCAGCUCUAGAAAAUGCUGACACUGCCACAAAUAGUGACUGUGAGACACCUGCAAUGGGAACACCUGUACCCAGUUCACCAAGUGUGUCCACACCUGCACAUAUCGACACAGAAACAGAAGAGGCUGAAGAAGCAAUGGACACAAUGACACCUGGAGAAACUUGCCCUAGCAGUGAAAAUCAAAUGGAAUCAAAAGUUCAAGAGAUUUGCUCUCAGAGCCCUGGGCUGAUCAAAGUUGAGGAAGACAGCCCUCAGAGCCCUGAACCAGUCAAAGCCCACGGCAACAGCCCUCAGAGUCCUGGUCCAGUCAGAUCCCAUGAUGACAGCCCCCAGAGUCCUGGUCCAGUCAAAUCCCACGAUGACAGCCCUCAGAGUCCUGGUCCAGUCAAAUCCCACAAUGACAGCCCUCAGAGUCCUUGUCCAGUCAAAUCCCACAAUGACAGCCCUCAGAGUCCUGGUCCAGUCAAAUCCCACGAUGAAAGUCCACAGAGUCCUGAUCCAGUCAAAUCCCAGGAAGACAACCCACAGAGCCCUGAUCUAGAUUUCUCUAACAGGGGCGCUGGAGAUUGUUCUUCUCCUAAGCAUGUUGAGAAGAUAACAGCUGUUCCUCAUCGGAGCAGGUUUGCAGCUGGCAUUGUUCCAUUUGAAGAUACACCAGAAUUCACUGAAGUUGCUGAAGCCACUGGUACAUACCUUAGGAUCAGAGACUUACUUAAAAGCUCCCCUCGAAGUUUGGCAAAGAAAAAAUAAAGAUUUACUGUCUUUAUUUGCAAAAUACAAGGAUACAUGGACAUUUUUAAAGCAAAAACCUAUAUUUUUAUUUUCAACUCCAUCCUAUCAAACAUGUUUUUUUUUAGCUGUUUGUUAUUUUGUACAAAGUUGAAUGUGUAUGCUGUAUAUACAUUUGAUCUGUAAACAUAAAAUGAGGGGAUGAUGUAACAGCAAUGACUCGUACGUUUUGACUAAUUAGUCUCAGAUUUUUGUAGUAGUGAUACUUGGGCAGUUGAUUUUAUGGUAAAAUUAGUUAAAUGGCCAUUUCUUGAUUAAUUUUCAUAACAUGUUGUUUAAAUGGCUUUUUCUAUUUUUGUCCCACUUAAAUUGCUCUAAAAUCAAAUAAACCUGCUUGCUUCAGUGCUUUAUUUUGUCUGCUGGUCAACCCUAGAUGUGGGUUUGAUUUUAUUUUGCUGUAAUUGGUGUCAGUAAACAAGUUGAGCCUCUGUUGCUGUAAUCAGCUUACUUUCUGAUGAUAAACUUUGCAAAUGAAAUUGCGUAUACCUGAAACUCUGCCCUACUACAUCUUAAUUUUGUUCUUAUGAUAUUACAGAGUUUGGUCUACAUAUUUUUCUUUAUUGUUCCAUUCAUCAAAUAGAUUCCUAUCAGAUCUGACAUUAACUUCAUUCCCCCCUUUCAGACCAAUCUCCCUAUAGAAAAUAUAGAUUUAAAACAACUUUAAAGUCAAUAUCAAUCAUGUUUUUUUUUUUAUCACUGUUCAGAAAUUAUUAGUACAUAUAGUGCACACCAACACCCUCAUGCAUAGAGAAUACUUGCACUUAGAUUUGAUGACUUGCAUACUGAAUACUCACACACACCUACAUACAUAUUUAUGCAAAUAUACAUGCACACAAGCACAUAUGUGUGGGUGUGCCGAACCUCUGAGAGUAUCAAGAGACUGAAUAUUUAACAUCUUGCAAAGUCAUGUAAAAAUGAUUGAAAAUGAUGUCUU